AUGUCCAACAUAGAGGUUUUGAUCAACACUCUGGCCACUGAUGCUGCUGUCAUCGAGGAGCCUAACGGCACAGUUUCCUCGGUGGCAGGCAUCUUCCCAAAGGCAGAUUUUCUUUGGUCAUUGAUCAAUUUAGGCGAGACUAAUUGUGGCGACUUGGCUCGUCGCCUGUUUUUUAUUUGGACAGGCUACGUUGUUGUACGAUGUAUUUACAACCUCUACUUCCAUCCUCUUUCUAAGAUCCCCGGUCCAUGGCUAGCUGCUAUGACGCCGCUCUGCGACUUUUGGUACGAUGCCGUAAAGAACGGCAACUACCUUUGGGAGAUCCAGAAGAUGCAUGAGAAAUACGGUAAGACCGAUCCAUUUCACUACUCUUACCAGCAGACGUCAUCGGGCGGUCUCUUGCACAGAUUGCUGAUUGUUAUUGAUAUAGGCCCAAUUGUUCGCAUCAACCCCAACGAAGUUCACAUUGAUGACCCAGAAUACUAUCAAAACGUUUAUGUCGGCGGCACUCAUCGCAUCAACAAGGACUCGUCUACCGUAGCCGGUUUUGGUGUCCCUGUAUCCGUAGCAGCCACCGUGAACCACGCCCAGCACCGUUCACGCCGCGGCUAUAUGAACCCCUACUUCGCAAAGCGGUCCAUCGUUUCUAUGGAGCCCCAGAUUCAUGAACGUAUCACGGCCAUGCUCAACCGCCUCGAUGGUGCUCGCAAGGACGGCACCAAAAUCUCGCUGGACCUCGCGUUUUCCGCCAUGACGGCAGACAUUAUCACCCAACGCUUCUUUGGCUACCACUACGACUACCUCAGCAUCCCCAGCCUGGUUUCGCCCAUUCGUGAGGCCUUCAAGGGUGUUUCGGAAAUCUUUCACUGGACUCGCUUCGUGCCGUGGGCCAUUAGAUACCUCAAGAAGCUGCCCAUCCCAGUUAUCCGUCUCAUUCUACCACCCGUCGCGGAACUCCUGGUUCUACAAGAAGACAUUAAAAUCAACAUCAAGAACAAGCUCGCUAGCGAGAACAAUAGUCCUCAGUCCAAGUCAAUCAUAAUUGAGGCCCUCGGCGACUCGCACGUCCCUGCACAGGAACGCACCAUGGAGCGUCUUGUAGAUGAAGGGCAGGUCAUUAUAUUCGCUGGAACAGAGACAUCAUCAAGAUCGCUUGCUGUGGGCAUGUUUUACCUGCUCGCCAACAAAUCUCUUGUCAACAGAGCCCUCGCUGAGCUCUCCAGAGUGGACCACAUUCCCGACGAAGAGCUCACAAUGAAGGAUCUCGAGACACUGCCCUUCAUGACUGGCAUUGUGAAAGAAGCUAUCCGCCUCUCUUACGGACCCAUCACCCGUCUUCCAAGGGUCUUCACCCACGAGACGCUACAGUACAAGGACCAUGCCAUUCCUCCUGGUACGCCUGUAAGUCAGUCGACGUAUUUUGUGCACACUAAUCCCAAGUGCUUCGUGGACCCCUUCACCUUCAACCCAGACCGCUGGGUAGAGGCAGCCAAGGCAGGGUUUCCUCUGGAGAGGUACCUCACGAGUUUCACCAAGGGGUCCCGUCAGUGCCUCGGCAUCGGCUUAGCUCACGCCGAGCUAUAUCUGACAUUUACCCGCGUUCUUCGUAACUUCGAUAUGGAUUUGGUGAACACUUCGAUUGCAGACGUUCAGGUCCAUAACGUCUUGAUCAUUGGGCAACCCAAGCUCGAGAAGGAUAAGGGCGAAGGACAGGGUGAAGUCGAGGUGAUGGUUACACGCAAGCUAAGGCCCUAA